UGGCCGCGGGCGGGGAGGGGCGGGCUUCCGGCGCGGCGCGGCCAGUUCCGGGCGGCGGCGGCGGCGGGAUGGUGCUGCUGCACGUGCUGUUCGAGCAUGCGGCCGGGUACGCGCUGUUCGCCGUGCGCGAGGUGGAGGAGAUCAGCCUGCUGCUGCCGCAGGUGGAGGAGAGCGUCCUCACCCUGGGCAAGUUCCACAACGUGGUGAAGCUGGUCGCCUUCGCGCCCUUCAAGUCGGCGCAGAGCGCGCUGGAGAACAUCAACGCCGUCUCCGAGGGGAUCCUGCACGAGGACCUCCGCCUGCUGCUGGAGACCUCGAUGCCCGCCAAGAAGAAGAAGGCGCUGCUGGGAGUCGCCGACGCCAAGAUCGGGGCCGCCAUCCUGGAGGAGCUGGGCUACCAGUGCCAGACCGGGGGGGUCGUGGCUGAGAUCCUGCGGGGGAUCCGCCUGCACUUCCACGCGCUGGUGAAGGGCCUCACCGCCCAGUCGGCCUCCAAGGCGCAGCUGGGCCUCGGCCACAGCUACUCCCGGGCCAAGGUGAAGUUCAACGUGAACCGCGUGGACAACAUGAUCAUCCAGUCCAUCAGCCUCCUGGACCAGCUGGACAAGGACAUCAACACCUUCUCCAUGCGUGUUCGGGAGUGGUACGGGUACCACUUCCCCGAGCUGAUCAAGAUCGUCUCCGAGAACUACACCUACUGCCGGCUGGCCAAGUUCAUCGGGAACCGCAAGGAGCUGAGCGAGGAGAGCCUGGAGGGGCUGGAGGAGAUCGUCAUGGACAGCGCCAAAGCUCAGGCUAUUCUGGAAGCUUCCCGCUCGUCCAUGGGCAUGGACAUCUCUCCCAUCGACCUCAUCAACAUCGAGAGCUUCUCCAGCCGCGUGAUCUCGCUGUCCGAGUACCGCAAGGGCCUGCAGGAGUACCUGCGCUCCAAGAUGAGCCAGGUGGCUCCGAGCCUCUCGGCUCUCAUCGGGGAGGUGGUGGGCGCCCGCCUCAUCUCACACGCCGGCAGCCUGACGAACCUGGCCAAGUACCCGGCGUCAACGGUGCAGAUCCUGGGGGCCGAGAAAGCCCUCUUCAGGGCUCUGAAGACGCGGGGGAACACCCCCAAGUACGGGCUCAUCUUCCACUCCACCUUCAUCGGGCGAGCAGCCGCCAAGAACAAGGGGCGCAUCUCCCGCUACCUGGCCAACAAGUGCACCAUCGCCUCCCGCAUCGACUGCUUCUCAGAGGUCCCCACCAGCGUCUUUGGGGACAAGCUGCGGGAGCAGGUGGAGGAGCGGCUCGCCUUCUAUGAGACCGGGGAGCCGCCCCGCAAGAACCUGGAGGUCAUGAAGGAGGCCAUGGUGGAGGCGAAUGAGGUGGUGGCUGAGGUCAAGAGGAAGCAGGAGAAGAAGGAGAAAAAAAAGAAGAAGCGGGAGAAGCGGCGGCUGGAGGCUCUGGCUGCAGCUGCAGAGGAGAUGGAGAACUCGGUGCUGGAGGCAGAGGAAAACGACAUAGGGCCCAUUAAAAAGAAGAAGAAGAAGAAGGAGCAGGAGCCCCUCUCAGAGCCCGAGGAGAACGGGCUAGAGGAAGACGCCUUGCCCAAGAAGAAAAGGAAACUGACGGGAGAGGCUGCCCAGCUGGAGAAGAAAAAGAAGAAGGCGGCCAAGGACUUGGAGGACUAGGGGAGCAGGAGCUGGAGCAGGGCCAUGCUCCAGCAGCGCAGACUCUUGGCCUGGCAGGAGCUCAGCUCGGCACGGCCGCGGCCCCUUGCCUGCCGUCCCGGGGUUCCCGGCAGCUGCAUGCCCCAGAAUGUAACUCGGCGGGGCGGCCGCGUUAACGGCAUUUUGGCACCUCGGGGUCUGGGUGAGUCCAUGGGCCAGGCCCAGGUGCCAGCAGCCUCCACGGCAGCACGUGGAUGCCUGAGCUUCGCUGAGCCUCGCUGUGCCUUACGCAGCGUUGCCUCCUCGAGCCCAUUUUGGGCUGGCUCUGGCUGCGUCCUGCCUGUCCCAGCACCCACAGCGUGCGCAGUGGGGGCAGGAAGUUGCUCGGUGUGACUGAACCUCAAUAAAGGGCUGAGGGUGUUGUCGA